UUGUACUUUUGUUCUUAGAAGGUGCAUGGAAUCUCGGAAGUGAUUAAGCCUAAGAAGGAAAGUAGGACGUGGAGAAAAUGAGCGUUGUGGUGUGGGUUGUGACAGUGCACCUGUGUAAUGCUCAUCAUACCAAACAAAAAACGGCGCUCAUUUUCAGCCUCUGAUUACUCCACAACCUUACCUUUUCCAUAUACUCACUCCCGCUUCUCUCUCCCUUCAGAUCCAACAACAUUCUUCAUCUUCAAUUCCCCUACCUGCAUUUUCAUCAUCUUCAAUCUUCACCACACCAAACUCACAAACAUGUCCAUCACCUUCAAUCUUUCUGUUACCUCUGCAUUCAUCUACAUUCUCAAACACCACUCAUCUUCCAUCACAUUGCCCAAUUGAUUCAUUUCCUUCCACAAUAUUCUCAUUCUUCUCACUCCCUCCACCAUGGAACAAUCCGCCGCACCCCAAACACCGCCGCAGAACCCCCCCGAUCAUCAACCCAAACCCGAACAGCCUCUACCCAAACCCCCCGGUUAUGGAGGAGACCCCACCUCUCAACCCAGACCAACACUACAGAAACCCCCCGCCUACCGGGACCACCAGUUCCAACCGGCGCCUGGGCCGCUGCGAAAGGCCGCUCUCCCACCCUCCUUCCGGCCGAGACCAAAGCGCCGCCGGCGCUGCUGCCGCGUAUGCUGCUGCACCUUCUGCAUCCUCUUCAUCGUCAUCUUCCUCUUCCUCGUCAUCGCCGCCGCCGUCUUCUACCUCUUGUACGACCCCGCCCUGCCGAAGUUCCGCCUCAGCUCCUUCCGCGUCCCCAAGCUCAACGUCUCCAACACCAACGACGGGGCCUACCUCGACGCCGACACGACGGCGCGGGUGGAGGUGCGGAACCGGAGUGGGAAGAUGUCGUGGCACUUCGGGCAGAGCAAGGUGGAGGUGUCGGCGGAUGACGGGAACCUGAGUCUGGGGUCGUCGAAGGUGGCGGGGUUCGUGGUGGAGCAGCAGGGCUUGGCGCAGGUGAAGGCGGCGACGAAAGUGACGAAGCUUGCACUGGACGAUAGGCUGAGGAGAAAGCUUAAGGGCGCGGUGGAGAGCAAAGCGUUGACCCCCACUGUGGAGAUUCGAACCAAAACCAGUGUGGGCUUGCAGGGUUGGAACUCACCCUCCAUCGCCGUCACUGUCGUAUGCGGAGGUGUCACCAUGAGGAGACUUGAAAACGGAGACCCUCCCCUUUGCUCCAUCACUCUCCUCCAAUGGAUCAAAAUACGAUGAGUUGGUUGGAGAUGUGUUCUAUACAAAUGGCGGAUUGAUAUGUCCACUGCGUGCGAUUUAGAGGUGAUCAAGAUAUGGUUCACUUGUAUCUAAUUUUUUUUUUUAUUUCUUUUUUUCACUUUAUAAAAGUAAAGGAAGAAUAAAAUGUAAAAAGGAAAUGUAAUAUUCUUUGCUUAGAAAAUAGAAAAAGGGUCUCUUCUGCAGCAGUUUAACUCGCUGCUGGUUCUCUCCAUUGCGAAGUGGGAUGCACAUAAGUCCACCUUGUAUUUAUGAAAACAUUUAUUGUUCUUUUUUUGUGUGGUUGGUGAUAGGAAUCAUAAAGUACUCGAGAAAAUGUUCACUGUGUUUGUUCUUUUGUGACUCAGAAGAAAACCACAGUGUGAUGGAGCACCCUGCAUCAGUGAAGUAACUCAGUUUUUCCCUAUUGUAAAUUAAGUAGAGAGUAACUAGAAAUGAGUGGCAAAUUAGGUAUCAGCAAUGGUAGCUUUUUAAGGUGUAACGUAACGUAUCAUUCUCUUUGGUAAACAAAGGUAGAAAGGGAACUUAAAGGCCAAAGCUACCCUGUGCCUAAUUAUUUUGGUGUAAAGUAAUAAUGCA